GCAACAUUUUGGGUUACGCAAUCGGAUCCAGCUUGCUGUCCUGACCUUCCCGGUCAUUCGUGGCAUCACUCAUCGUUCCCAGCUGGCGGGUAGCGGCCACCGACCUCUUUGGUCUCUUACACGUGUUCUGGUGUUAUGUUGACAACAAUUACUUUGGCUCUGGCAUGGGGAAGGUUUUCUUUGUGCAUACGCUCCGUUUAUGCGGAAUCAUCAGGGGACGGAAAGGUUAAAAAAAAAAAACAGAGUCGAUUGAGGUUGGAGACGACCUUGGCCCUCCCCCCCCCCCCCCCCCUUCAGCUUGCUCGGCGUUGGUCUAUCUCUUGCUCAGGCUUUUGGGCUUCGAUCUAUUGUGCUCUAUUCUCUCUCCGAUCCAGUUAUGUUUAUGGAUCAUCCGACCUAUUUCUUCUCACCCUACGUUCGAUUCUUUCGAUCUUUAAUUUCGUCUUUUUUGCAAGCGUGGCACUGGGCAGUACCAUUGAUCAUUAUCUCAUAGUAUCAUAGUUUUUCUUCUUGUUUUAUCAGGCUUGCGCUCGCCACGUCUUUUUGUGUGUCCGCGUUCUGGAAAUCGAUGCACUGCAUAUGCAUGGCUUGCUGUUUUCUGCCUCUUGUUGUUAUCCGGCAUUUGAAACUGCGCAUCCCAAACUUUUCUCUACCUCUAUAUUACGUACACGCUCUCUUACUCCAUAAGUGCCAUUGCUGGUAUUAUCUCUGG